AGGUUAUGUUUUCUUCUCAAGAAACGUCAAUUCAAGCUUUAUUUGAGUUCCUUUUAAAAAUAUAGUUUUUCAAGCGAAAAUCUAUGUUUACCAAGCCAUUUCGGCAUUUCCUACGUUAUAAUUAUAUACAAGUACAUGUUCUUUAUUCAAGAUAACUAUCUAUAACCAGUGCUUUCACUACCUGCAGUUGAUUAGUUGUGUUGUGACAAACAAACUCAAAAUUCAGAAAAUGGCUCAUUCCGGUGGUGUUCCGGGAAAACGGAAAGAAAUCUACAAGUAUUUGGCCCCAUGGCCCCUUUACAGCAUGAACUGGUCGGUGAGACCGGAUAAGAGGUUUCGUUUAGCGCUGGGUAGUUUUGUGGAGGAGUACAACAACAAAGUUCAGAUUGUAUCUUUGGACGAAGAGAGUAGCGAGUUUUCUGCUAAAAGUACGUUCGAACAUCCAUAUCCGACCACGAAAAUUAUGUGGAUACCGGAUAGCAAAGGGAUAUUUCCAGAUCUUUUGGCGACAAGUGGAGAUUACCUCCGAGUAUGGAGAGCCGGUGAACCAGAUACUAGACUAGAAUGUGUUUUGAAUAAUAACAAAAACUCGGAUUUUUGUGCUCCCUUAACAAGCUUUGACUGGAAUGAAGUAGACCCUAAUCUUGUAGGCACAUCUUCCAUUGACACCACUUGUACAAUAUGGGGACUUGAAACAGGCCAGGUUUUGGGACGAGUAAACUUAGUAUCUGGCCACGUAAAAACACAACUAAUUGCCCACGACAAAGAAGUAUAUGAUAUUGCAUUCUCACGAGCCGGAGGUGGAAGAGACAUGUUUGCCUCAGUUGGCGCCGAUGGCUCAGUAAGAAUGUUUGAUUUAAGACAUUUAGAACAUUCCACAAUUAUAUAUGAAGAUCCCGCUCACACACCAUUACUGAGACUAGCCUGGAACAAGCAAGAUCCGAAUUACUUGGCAACAAUCGCUAUGGACUCAUGUGAAGUGAUUAUUCUUGAUGUCAGAGUUCCCUGUACACCAGUUGCACGACUGAAUAAUCAUCGGGCGUGUGUUAAUGGCAUCGCCUGGGCUCCACACUCUAGCUGCCAUAUUUGCACUGCGGGUGAUGAUCAUCAAGCUUUAAUAUGGGAUAUACAACAGAUGCCCAGAGCUAUUGAGGAUCCCAUUUUAGCAUAUACGGCUGCUGAGGGUGAAGUUAAUCAAAUUCAGUGGGGUGCAACUCAACCAGAUUGGAUCGCUAUUUGUUAUAACAAAUCUCUAGAGAUUUUAAGGGUGUAAACGUGUAAAGUGUGCCUGUAUGUGAUAAUAAGACUGAAGUUGUGUGAAUGGAUGAGAAAUAGUGUGUAGGAACUUUAGAACACUAACAAGUCUUUUUAAGGUAGUGCAAUUAAUUAUUGUAUUUUAAGAUAUACAGGGUGUCCCAGGCUGAGCGUGCAUUAGAAGUUUCUAGAGAACCGCAGUAUCUAGAUCGGAGAUUUUUUGCA